AUGCAAGCUGCCAACCGGCUUCUGCAAGCGCUGCGCACCGGCAGCGGCGUCUCGUUCGGGGCCUGGCAGAUGCUGCCGGGCGCCAACCACGCCCGAUUCAUGGCUCGCAGCGGCUAUGACUGGAUCUGCGUUGAUACAGAGCACGGGAACAUUGCCGGUGAGAAACAAGCAAGAGGCAAUGAAGAGUACUGGCAGAUGCACGAGGCUGUGGCGGCCAUUGCGGCAUGCGGCGUCAGUCCCAUUGUUCGAAUCGCGGCCAAUGAGGCCUGGAUGGUCAAGCGGGCCCUCGACACCGGCGCCCACGGCAUCGUCGUUCCUCUGCUGUACACCGCCGACGACGCCAGGAAACUGGUCGAAUCCGCGAAAUUCCCGCCCGCAGGACGGAGAGGCUUUGGAAGCCCGUUCGCCAUGGGCCCGACGGGCGGUGUUUCGCAGUUCGAAUAUCUGCAGACGGCCAAUGAUUCUCUCCUGACGAUCGUGCAGAUCGAGACCAAGGAGGCGCUGGAGAAUGUCGAGGAGAUCGCCAAGGUCCCUGGCAUCGAUGUCCUCUUCGUCGGACCCUGGGAUCUAGGGAACAACAUCGGCCGGCCGGUGCAGGGCGAGUUCCACGAGGACCUGAACGCGGCCAUCGAGCGCAUCCGCAAGGCGGCCGUCGACAAUGGCAAGAAGGCAGGAAUCUACUGUGUGGGCGGAGAGGCUGCCCGGAAAUACGCCGAACAGGGCUUCCACAUGAUCUCUGUCGUUGCUGAUGCUGUCGCUCUGCCAACCUUCCUCUCCAACGCAUUGGAGACGGCCAAAGGGGGGAAGAGCGGAGCUGCUGUGCCUACGUACUAG